AUAGCUUGUUGCACCCUGUUGUAUUUAUUCAAAAGCACUUAGGUCUCUAGAAUUGUGUCUGGGCCGUGGAGACUGUACUGCCUUCUCCAGCUGUCAUUUUUACUCAGCGCACAAUCAUCUAAACAUCUCUACAGUUUUACUUUCCUGCGCGUGCGCGAUAGCUCGAGCGCGUCCUCGCUGUCCAGAUGGGCACGCUCGGUGGCUCGCGCGCUGUGUAGAACUAAAACGAGCCUUCAUCAGAAAGCUGACCUUGAUCAAGUCCGCCGAUAUGGGAACUUUGCGACUGCGAUGAUUAUCUCUAGCUCACAAAUUGCUUGAAUUUCCUGCCAGUCUCUUGUCGCAGCUUGGAGUUUAUGUUCUCUGUGCUGUCCCUGCGGAAAAAAAUGGCAGUGAUUUCAGGUUUCAUCUUUCUGUGCCUGCUCCAAGCUGCGGUCCCUCAAACAGGACCUCGCGUACCCAGACCGAUACCUGGGAGAGGUGACAGCCCCGAACCAACUCCCACACCCAGACCUGCAAGCUGUGAACCUGGGAUAAUUGACUGUCCCAUAAAGCUGUACUUCACCAUCGACACUUCAGAGACCAUCGCCCUACAGGAGUCCCCGCCUGGAAGCCUGGUGGAAAGCAUCAGGGAGUUCACAAAGGUCUUUGUCCAACGGCUAGCUAAUGAGGAGUACAAUGGACAGGUCCAGAUCACCUGGUCCAUAGGAGGCCUGCACUUCUCCCAGACACAGGUCGUCUUCAGCCAGUUCACGUCCAAGGAGAACUUCAUCAGGAACCUCGGGUCGAUCAGAUACUUGGGAAAAGGCACCUACAUCGACUGCGCCCUCAAAAACAUGACUUACCAAAUGACGCACCACUACGCCGAGACGAAGGCCGUCCUCUUCUCCGUGGUCAUCACUGACGGCCACGUGACAGGAAAUCCAUGUCAGGGAAUCAAGAUAAUGGCGGAAAAGGCCCGCGAUCAGGGCAUUCACAUUUUCUCAGUGGCAGCGUCCCGGUCCAUCGAUGAACUGGGCAUGAGGGAGAUAGCCAGCUCCCCCGACGAAGUGUACCGCGACGACUACAUCGCUGUGGAGAUCGUCGACGGGAGACCAGUUCUAAGCACUAAAACCAUUGAUCGUAUCAUAAAAGCCAUGAAAUAUCAAGCAUAUCUAGAGUGCUAUAAACCCAAAUGCUACGAGACCCCUGGAAAUCCAGGACAAAAGGGGCCUCCGGGUCAAAAAGGGACAAAAGGAACCAGAGGCCUUACAGGGUCAAAAGGUCUAAAGGGUAAACAGGGUGAUCCGGGCAUUGAAGGUCCAAUUGGUCGACCUGGUCCAAAGGGAGAGGCUGGGUUGAAAGGUGAGAAGGGUGAAAUUGGAUUUAGUGGAGCAAAGGGUAUGUCUGGAUCACCUGGCAGGAAUGGGACUGACGGACAGAAGGGUAAAAUGGGCCGAAUUGGAGCUCCCGGUUGCAAAGGUGAUCCUGGUGACAAGGGGCCAAGCGGCUUCUCCGGAGAUUUUGGUGAAAGUGGCCCCCCAGGGACGAAAGGAGGAAAGGGUGACCCCGGCCUCCCUGGGAGGUCUGGUCUCCCUGGGCCCUCAGGUGAUCCCGGGCCAAAGGGUGAAAAAGGAAAUCCUGGGAAUCCGGGACUACCAGGAGAGAAGGGGAUUACGGGGCCUGAGGGUUCACCUGGACGAAAAGGCGAACAGGGGAGAAGAGGAUUACCUGGACCAAAGGGCACAGAAGGACCUGAUGGACAAAAAGGAGGAAAAGGAGAACGAGGGUCAGAGGGAGCCAGAGGUCGUUCUGGAGAAGAUGGACUGAAGGGCGCUAAGGGUGACCCAGGAAUACCAGGACCAAGGGGUCGACCAGGAGAAUUAGGGGCCCCCGGAGCAAAUGGAACCGUAGGAAAUCCUGGUGAUGCAGGACCAAGGGGAGACUCUGGGCCACCUGGCCCCAAGGGGGACAGUGGAAGAUCUGGAUUCAACUACCCUGGAUCAAGAGGACCCACUGGACAAAGAGGUGACCCAGGCAAGAGGGGACCGAGAGGGAGCAGAGGCGACUGUGGGGCCAAGGGAGAACCUGGAAAUAAAGGACAGCCAGGAGAACCCGGGGAACCAGGCCCGCCAGGGGAGCCAGGACAGAGGGGACCCAGAGGAGACCCUGGACCUGAUGGAGGUCCAGGACCAGUGGGCGACCCUGGGCUCACCGACUGCGACGUGAUGACUUACAUCAGGGAGACGUGCGGUUGUUGUGACUGUGAGAAGCACUGCGGUGCUCUGGACAUUGUAUUUGUGAUCGACAGCUCGGAGAGCGUUGGGCUGACAAACUUCACCCUGGAGAAGAACUUUGUUAUCAACACCAUCAACAGGCUGGGAAAUAUGGCCAGCGACCCCGAUUCACCCACCGGUACACGAGUCGGAGUCGUGCAGUUCAGUCACAACGGGACCUUCGAGGCCAUUCGUCUGGACGACGCCAACAUUAACUCCUUGUCUGCCUUCAAAACGGCAGUGAAGAAUCUAGAGUGGAUCGCCGGGGGCACCUUCACGCCCUCGGCUCUCAAGUUUGCCUACGAUAACCUCAUCAGGGACAGCAAGAGAGCCCGAGCCAGAGUGUCUGUGGUCGUGGUCACAGACGGCCGCUUUGACCCUCGCGACGACGACAAUCAGCUCAGGUACCUUUGCGACGACCCCGCGGUGGUGGUGAACGCCAUCGGGGUCGGCGACAUGUUUGACGUGCAGCACGAUCCAGAGACCCUGGUGUCUAUAGCGUGCAACAACAAGAACCGCAUCACCGAGAUGAAGCGUUACAGCGACUUGGUGGCUGAGGACUUCAUAGAAAAGAUGGAAACCGUGCUCUGUCCAGAUCCAAUAAUUAAGUGCCCUGAUCUCCCCUGCAAAAGUGAACCUGACGUAGCUCCCUGCGUUGAGCGGCCAGUGGAUUUGGUAUUUCUGGUAGAUGGUUCAGAACGCCUCGGCGUGGAGAACUUCCGCAACGUCCGGGAGUUCGUGCAGAAGGUGGCUGACAGACUGGUGCUGGCCAGGAACAAGUCUGACCGAAGGCGAGCCCGUCUGGCACUGAUGGAGUAUGGCCGGGAGGCCGAUAAUUUCGUGGCCUUCCCUCUCACGCACGACCCCGUCACCAUACAGAACGGUAUAGCGGAGUUGCGUUACCUGGAUUCUUCUUCGAGCGUGGGGCCUGGCAUCAUCCACACCAUCAACAACGUCCUGCACGGAGGAAACGAACGCCAGACCAGACGCAACGCGGAGGUUUCAUUUGUUUUCAUCACAGAUGGCGUCACUGACACCACCCAUCUAGAGGAGGCGGUCAGCGCCAUGCGCCGGGAGCAGGUCGUCUCCACCGUGAUCGCCACGGGAAGUGACGUCGACGAAGAAGUCCUAACGAAGCUGGCCAUGGGUGACCGCGACGCCAUCUUUAAAGGACAAACAUUCUCUGACGUGUUACGGUCCGGUACGUUCGACCGUUUCAUCCGGUGGGUGUGUUGAAAAGAGAACGAGCUCAUGUGAGCGUCAUACUGGUGCUACCGUUGUUAAUCUAGCAUUUUAAAGGAUAAUUCUGGUCAACUUUAACCUGGUGGAUUUCCCAUUAUGGCGGCUGUGGUGGCACUAACUUUGCAUUCGCCUCCACCUUUUGCAGUGGUUCAAGAAAAUGACGAGUCACACAAGACAGGCUUUAUCAAAUGAUUUACAAAUCAUUUUUGAAGUGAGCCUGAAAGCGAAUUCAGAAAUUUCAGAGCAGUCUUUACAGCUCUGAAAUUUGAAGACUGAAAACUAAAAAUACUCACCCCCACGGUCGACGCUGUAAUCAGACCUUUUAUUUAGAUGCUCACACAGCUCGUCUGGACACAAACGCUUGUGCUCCCUAUGCAGUAUAGAAAGUAUAUGCAGCUUCUGUGCGACUCGUCGUUUCCUUGAAUCUCUAUAAAAGUGAAGGGUGCAAAGUUGAGACCAUCCAUAAAGCCAACACAGCGACAUUGCUGGGACAUACAUCAAGUUGAAAUAAACUAUAAUAAUACUUAAAAACACAAGACUGGUUUACUAUGACUCUGCUAUGCACUAUACUAUAAGCAAAUGAUGUCACAGUGUUGUGCUUUACUUCAUUAUCAUCCUUAAUAUUUCAUUAUACAAAAAUAUAAUUCAAAGUCAUGCAUCCUUGAUCAAGCAUUAAGCUUUACUGAUUAAACAUAAUAAACCUGCAGUUUGUUGGA